AUGUCUUCCACGAAACCUCCGACGGAUCUUGACUCCAAUCUGAAAUUGCUGCGGACUUCGUUGAAUGCAAUAUACGUCUACACCGGUAAUAUGCUCGAAGCGAGAAUAUCGCAAGGGCAAAGAAACUCGAGACAAGCUGUUUCGGUAGAACCUUCGCGAGAAGACUUGGAACACAUAGAAACUUUUAGAAGACAGUUCAACGAACUAGAACAAAGUGAAGUUAAAAGAUCUAUAUAUUCAACCUAUUCGCAGCAACUUGCCAAAGAAACCUUCGAACGUGAACUCCAGUCAAAGGGCUCAGCGAACGAUGGCAAAACCAAAGGUGAAUUUUUUACUGCAGAAGAGACCAAAAGGUACAAUGACAAAAUUGCUUUAUUGGAAGGAUUCCUGGGAAUAGAUGGGUCAGCAGCAUCCGAAAAUAUGUGA